UUACCUUACUUUACUUUAGGGAGAACAGUUUAGAUAAAAGUCGGAUCAGAUAAUAAGAUUACACAGAUUCUAAGUCGAAGUGCGCUCUAAGUUGAACUCACUCUUAAAAGUGCAAAUGAAAAAAAACUGAUCCUUCUGCGAGCAAAAACCACCGCAGCGGGGUACACGGCCAACGGACGACUGUGAUUCAGUAGAAAGAGACAAAAAUGGUGCUGUUGGCAGCGGCGGUGUGCACCAAGGCUGGUAAGGCCAUAGUUUCGCGUCAGUUUGUGGAAAUGACCCGGACACGCAUAGAGGGGCUCCUGGCGGCUUUCCCCAAACUUAUGAACACAGGGAAACAGCACACAUUUGUGGAGACUGACAGUGUGCGUUAUGUAUACCAGCCUCUAGAGAAGCUCUAUAUGGUGCUCAUCACCACAAAGAACAGCAACAUCCUGGAGGACCUGGAGACACUCAGACUCUUCUCUCGUGUGAUCCCAGAAUAUUGUCGAGUGCUGGAGGAGGCAGAGAUAUCGGAGCACUGUUUUGACCUGAUUUUUGCAUUUGAUGAGAUCGUUGCCCUCGGAUACAGGGAAAACGUGAACCUGGCACAGAUUCGCACGUUUACUGAGAUGGACUCCCACGAAGAGAAGGUUUUCCGAGCUGUCAGAGAGACUCAAGAACGGGAGGCCAAGGCCGAGAUGAGGAGGAAGGCCAAAGAGCUACAACAGGCCAGAAGGGACGCCGAGCGUUCGGGAAAGAAAGCCCCAGGCUUCGGCGGUUUUGGCAGUGGCGGAAUGUCCAGUGUCUCCUCAGGGUCCAUCAUCACAGACACUAUCGUCGAACCAGAAAAGCCCAAAAUCACACCUGCUCCUGUCAGACCAAGUGGACCAAGCAAAGCUCUUAAACUGGGCGCUAAAGGGAAAGAGGUUGACAACUUUGUGGACAAACUUAAAUCUGAGGGUGAGACCAUCAUGCCUUCCACAGGAAAGAGGGGCUCAGAUGCAACCAAAGUUCUGCCGCCACCAGUCAAUGUUGAGAGUGUACACCUGCGAGUGGAGGAGAAGAUCUCUCUGACCUGUGGGCGUGACGGCGGUCUUCAGAACAUGGAGGUCCUGGGAAUGGUCACACUACGAGUCACAGACGACAAGAACGGACGCAUCCGCCUCAUGAUCAACAACAACGACAGCAAAGGACUGCAGCUGCAGACACAUCCCAAUGUGGACAAGAAGCUUUUCACAGCUGAGUCGGUGAUCGCCCUGAAAAACCCAGAGAAGUCGUUCCCUCUCAACAACGACGUUGGAGUUCUGAAGUGGAGGCUACAGACCACAGACGAGUCCCUCAUACCUUUAACCAUAAACUGCUGGCCUUCAGAGAGCGGGAGUGGCUGUGAUGUUAACAUUGAAUAUGAGCUUCAAGAAGACAGCCUGGAGCUUAAUGAUGUGGUCAUUAGCAUCCCUGUACCGUCCGGUGUGGGGGCUCCAGUGAUCGGGGACCUGGAUGGAGAAUACAAACACGACAGUCGGCGAAAUGUCCUGGAGUGGUGCCUUCCGGUGAUCGACGCCAACAACAAAACGGGCAGCCUGGAGUUCAGCAUCGCAGGACAACCCAACGACUUCUUCCCCAUCAACGUGUCGUUUGUGUCCAAGCGCAACUACUGCGACAUCCAGGUUACCAAAGUGGCUUAUGUAGACGGUGACAGCUCUGUUAGAUUCUCUUCUGAAACCUCCUUUGUGGUCGACAAAUAUGAAAUCCUGUAAAAUAACAUCAAAAGAAAACAACACAAAUCUGAAAGUGGAGAAAAAAAAUCAGCAACAUCACGUCUAUAGAGAAAGAUUGAAGAAAACCUGCCUGCUCACCCUGUAUCCGACACCACAGACUGUGCAAAUCAACAGGACUAUGGGAGCCCUCCUGUUUGGAGUAGAGCAGCGGUGGUGUAUUUAUGUUUGUAUAAGAGAGGAUCUGCUAUAUAUAGAUUAAACCAACACAAUUUAAAACUACAUUGAUGCUGUUGUUUUCACUGAGCAGGACUGUAAACAUGGAUCGUACAGUAAGUAGGGGAUGACUGGAGCUAAACCACAGAGGAACCAGAAGUGUAUGGCGCCCUCUAAAGGCUGGCCCAACCCAUAGCAUUUGUGAGCAAGUUUUGCCUCCUAAGAACCAUAUAUCAACAAUAUCUUGCUUUGCUUUUUAACGGUUUAUCCAUAAUUUUGUUCUGUUGUGCUUAAUGUCUGCAGAUUUGUAGCCUUGUCAAUCAUUAUCUUAAAAAUGAUCAUAUGUAUGUCUUCUGAUUUGCACAAUACUUCUCAUACUAUCUUUAAUUGUACACAGUGUAAAAGCACUAUCUCUCACAAUUUUUGUUUAGACUGUAGAAUAGUGGACUGAGAAACCACUGGAAGAAGGACAACUUUUUUUUGCAAUGGUUAAGUACUAUACAAGUACUAACUGUAAACCUAGCAUCAAAUUUUAGCAAAAAAUAAUGGAAUAAUAAGUUAAAAUUGUGUACUCUUUUCAUGUCCCAUCUAGUCAACACAUGAUUAACAUUUAAAGUGGAGUAUCACUUUCCUACCAGGCCAAUUAGCAUGCAUGUUUUUUUUCUUUCAAAAAGCAUAGGGAGAGCUACUGGUACCAUCAAAAUGUUCUCUUUUUGCAGUUACAAUCCUUAAAAGUUUCGCAUCAGUCCACUUAUACUUCUGUCUCUACUUUAAUGCUAAAAAUGGAGGCUACAUGUCCUUAUUUUUGCUGUAUGUUUUGUCACUUCUCACUGUCCAAUGUUUGAUAAAAGUGAUUUAGUUUGAAGGGGCGCUUGGCAGGAAACAGACCUGGAAUUAGUGAAUUGUUCUUAUCUAUGUUGGUUUAACACUAUCACUCCUCAUUUGUCUAAUUGCUUUGCUUAAAAUGGACUGCAUGUUUCUGUCUGGUUAAUUUACUGUAGUCCAAACAGUAUUUAAGUUAAGCCCUGAAUCAACAACAUGCCUUCUUAAUCUGGAGUCCCAUAAGGUAUUAAAAAUGUGAGAGAUUUUGGUUGGACCGACUGCCUCUCUCACACCCAGUCAUCCUUUACUUACUUUAGCAUGAUUCAACUCCUACUUUUUGUCUUUUUGUCUUUUGUUUUUCAUUUCUACUUCUCUCCAGAGUUCAAUUUAGCCAUGUUUUGUGGAUGUGGGUUGACAAUGACUAGAUUGAGCAUUUUUAACUGAAGUACUGAAGGGGAAUCCUAACAUUCCAGUGUACAAUUAGAGAAGACUCUUUAAUGGAAUAAAAUGUAUUAUUGAAAAUGUA